UUACACUUGGCACAAUGCAGCCAGGAAAAUACCAUUCUCCUGGCAAUCGCCAAACCCAGACAGAGAAGUCCUUAGCUAUUGACUUGGCAGUUGGUGACUUCUGCGCACUUUGCGCUUUGACCCUGCUCUGUCAUUUCACGUGGCCUACCAAUUCGUGGCUGAGUUGCUGUUGUUCCCAGUUGCUUCUACUUUGUUAUAAUACCACGAACAGUUGACCGUGGAAUAUUUAUUGCAAGGAAAUUUCACAGAUGGACUUAUUGCACAGGUGACAACCUAUCACGCUUGAAUUCACUGAGCUCCUGAGAGCGACCCAUUCUUUCACAAAUAUUUGUAGAAGCAGUCUGCAUGCCUAG